AUGGCGAACAAAGCUGUCCUUCACUUCGACUCUGAACUGUAUGGCACACUCUUCGCCGGCGCCGGGACCAUCACUUCGAUCGACGAAAGCAAGAUGGACCCCUCCGCGAUUCUACUGGAGCAUCCCGCGCCGCCAGCGCAGGACGACAAUGCGACCAAGCACCUCAAAUGGGUCGACCGCAUCUCAAAGCAAGGUCCAUGGGACGAAAGCAUCGAUCCGCCCAAUCUCAGCGGCCCACCAGCUCUGCCCAUGCCAGUUGAGGUAUCGGAUGCUGAAUCAUUGGGGGACUUCUUCUCCCAUCUCCGCAAUAAUGGAACACAUCAAGCAGUCGACAAUGCAGUCGUGGACGUGGAACCUCAUCACGACACCGAACUGCUGGAGUUUGAGAAAGGCGUCAUCUACGCGGACGGCCGCAUCGAUUUGUGCAAGAACGUCACGGGCCCGGCUCAUAUCGGCUCCUUGAUGUCGUCUCUCAGGACUAACGAGUUCGCCAAACAUUUCCUCCUAGGAAACAACAUCAUCGGCCCAACCGGCGCAAAAGAGAUCGCCACCUUCAUCCACGACUUCCCAAAUCGUUUCGAGACCUGGUACCUCGCCGGCAACUGCAUCGACGCAGCCAGCUUCUCCCUCCUCGUCGACGCCAUGAUCACUUCCCCUAUCAUCACCAACGUUUGGCUCAAGCGCAACCCUCUCACAUCCACCGCCGCCCGCGACAUUGCCCGUCUGAUUAUUCACUCCCCAAACCUCCGCACCUUAGACCUCGACCAAACAAACCUCUCCGACGCCGGUGUCGCGUCCCUCUUCAACUGUCUGACUGCGCGCAACCAACCCAUCGCUCUCCGCCAAAUCUACCUCAACGCCAACGGCAUCCAUCGUCGCGCCUGCACAGCAAUCGCAACCUACCUUGUCACUGCCAAUUGCCAUUUGCAUUCUCUGUACCUAUCCAACAACCCGAUCGGCUCCGCCGCCUCCCUCCUCGCUCCAGGCCUUGCGCGCACACGCGACCUCUACCGACUCGUCAUGCAAUCCUGCGGUCUGACAUCCACAUCCCUCUCCCCUCUGCUUACAGCCAUUAUCGCCCGUCGAGAGUUGAUGGUCAUCGACUUCGGACAGAGCUAUGCAACCGAAGAUCUUGGUGCACGAUACAACUGGUUCACGGACGAGUCAACUCCAGCUCUGAUCGAUCUCGUGAAGAGGGCGAGGUUGCUGCACUUCAAAAUUGGACUGCAGCCCAUGUCUCAGACCGCGGUCAACGAGCUCACGACGGCCGUUAUCGAGGAGUCCAAGACUCUGCUUGUGUUUCACGCACAGCCUCUGCUCAAAGGCAAGAGGACGUAUGCUGAAGUGAAAGCCGGCCAACUCUCCGCCCGCCUCCGCCCCCUCCUAACCACCACCCUCGAAACCAACAUCAUCGACCAAUACGCCAGAUAUUGCAAGAAAAGCGAUGUAGCGCGCAAUCUCGCGGAGUUUGAAACCAAAUGGAAACGCUUUCUGCUCUCUCCGGAGGAUGUGCGGUUUAUCGAUAGCGUGUAUCGGAAUCGAGAUGCCGGGUUGGCGAGACGGGGGUUGAUGGUGCUGAAGAAGAAGUGGGAUGAGGGGGAGGGUGUUCCGGAGGGAGGUGACAGAAGGGUGGCUGAGGGUGAGGUGGGAGGUGAGGAUUGA